GUUUUUCUUUUCAUUUUCAGUACCUCGCGUGAUCAAUUAUUGUGAUGAAUAGUUUAUUUUGAAUGCAAUUUUGUGCAUCAUAGAAAACGACUUGAUGUAUUGAGCUAACUCUAUAACCAUCCAGUUGUAUGUUUUCAACCAUCUCGCUUUAACGACCAUCACAAAUGACCGCGUACCGGAAGAGCCUUGGGACCAAACUGGAGUUCUCAGAAAAUGACCGGAAGUCACGAAAAACUUCUGAGAAGGUGACGUGAAACACGAGUCUUUUGUUUUGACAAUUAUUUCAUAGGGAAUUUGCCUGAAAGCUAAUUCAAAGAAGAACUAUUCAUCGAAGAUUUAAGAAAAUGAACAUGACGAAUCCUUACGAAAUACCAGACGAGUUCAUAAGACCUCCUCCAGCUGGUCACCUGGAACGAGCCCUGUACGUGAAGCAUGUGGACAUUCACGGAAGGCUGGUGCGACCGCCAAUGAAAUAUAACAAAGUGGAGGGUGGAAACCUGUUCCUGGAAUACCUCAUGUCUGCGCAUGGUCAACAGCAGAUCGACAGGAUCAUGACAGUGGCCUUUCGCCCUGAAAGAGGCGCUGACACCGACUGUUCGCAAGAGAUCUUGAAGCGUGGAAUCGCUUUCAGUGGCGCGAUAUACCGCUUCCUGGGCCAUUCCAACUCGCAGCUUAAAGAAAGAACUUGCACUCUAAUGAAUGCCUCGGACGAAGAAAUCUACGAGCUGCUGGCAAUGUUUGGAAAGUUUUCGCAAAUCAAGACAGCUGCUAAGCGCGCUAAGAGGAUCGGACUGCUGUUCUCGUCGUUCAGCCAGAGCAUUUCCCUGACCGAGGACGACUACACAGUUAUCGACGACGUGGAGCGCGGCAAUUACAUCUUUACAGACGGAUGCGGUUUCAUGUCAGAUUCUUUUGCGCAGGAGAUACAGGAUGCGGUAGGCAAGCUCGAUGGCAAACCUUGUGUGGCGCAAGUCCGGUAUCAGGGCUUCAAAGGCGUGCUCAUCCUUAAUCGACAGUUGGGGGACCGGGUCAAGGUACAAUUCCGGAAGUCCAUGAAAAAGUUUACCAUCCCUGAUGAACGAAUGCGCCAUACGUGUACCACCUUUGGCGUUGUGAAGUGUUCUCGACCGUACACCAUGGGCUACCUUAACAAGCAGAUCACCAUGCUGCUAGCUGACAGUGGAGUCCAACACAGCUAUCUCACAGGUCUACAGAAUGAUUUUCACUCUACGUUAAGAGAGCUCCGUGGCACUGUACAAUCCGCCGAGCACUAUCUGCGCAUUAAGGGCGAGAGAAAGCUGGUCAAUUGGUUGCAUGACUAUGGCCUGGAAAGCCAUCGCCUACAAAAAGAACUCAAAGCUCUUCAAGCCAAGGAGGUUAAAAAGAUGCAGAAAGACAACAACACUGUAGAUGCAGGCGAUGAAGCCAGUCUAACGCAGAACUCAAAAUGUAAGCUUCGGGUCCUCGUCCCCAAAUCAAGGGUAGUGUUUGGCGCGUGUGAUCCAUUCAAUGAGCUGGAAUACGGCCAGUGCGUUUUUCAACCCACUCUUUUUGACGAGGUGCAGUUCGCAGAGUUUCAGGCAGCUCAUGAGGUGAUGGUCGUUCGCAAUCCAUGCUACCAUCCAGGUGACAUCCGUGUGCUGAAACUCGUCAAGAACAAGCCAGAAUACGCGUAUCUCAGCGACUGCAUCGUGUUCCCGACCAGAGGGAGCCGACCGCACGCUGACGAAUCCUCGGGCGGCGAUCUUGAUGGCGACGAGUUCUUCGUCAGUUGGGAUCAGGAUCUGAUACCAUCAUGGCGAAGCAGCCCUUUUGACUACUCUUCUAAUAGUCCGCUUGUUGCGAUCCCGAACGCGAUAAAAAGCUUUUUGGGAAAGGUAACCAGUUCCCUACAUCAUAGCGUCACUGGCUGGUGUCACAGGCAGAUGCCAUCCUUGUUUGGGACGGCGGAGCAAGCCGAGAAGGCCAAGAAGUUACAGGAGCGGAGGCAUAUGCUCGAGUACUUCACCGCCUUUAAUAACGAUCUGGUGGCACGGGUGGACGGCAUAUUCAUGAAGUACGCUGCACUGUAUGGACCGUCUUGUCGCGAGUGCGUUUAUUUGAACAGAUUUUUUUCCGACGCCGUUGACAUGGUGGCAGAGAAGGAGGAUGUACUCGCCAAGCUUCGCGCUUUAGAACGUGAUUACAAUUACCGAUUACAGCAUAAUCCAUCGGCGCCACGUGUAGAUCACCGGCAUUUGGGUUGGCUCCAGGACUGGAUGCAGCAGAAGCCGCCCUUCCAUCCAGGAGACGAUGUGUGGACGCGGAUGGAGGAGAGAACGCGAUCAUUUGUGGAGGAAAUGUCGGGAAGACACUAGUAUGCAGUCGCAAGUGUUAAGCUGUAAUCAUUGAGAAUGUUCGAGAAUUCUUAGGGACGGACCAUUAUUUUUGGGGGGGCGGGGUUGGGGGUGGGGGUUGGGCAAUUUUCCCCAGAAAUUUGAUUCGCGCACAGCAAAAACUGCCGAAACAAUUCGUACAAGGGGAGCCAUAUGGAAAAUACAAAUUGAGCUAGUGCUUUCUAUUAUUAAUCUUGCACAAGCUGUUGCCCACCAAAAAAAUCAUGCACAACUUAAAGGUGCGAAAAAAAAAAUCAUGCCCAAACUACCCUCUGCCCCUCAAAAAAAUAUGAUCUGUCCCUUAGUGCCUACUUCAAGUCUUCCAACCAUGACCCACGUAUGUGACGAAUUCACUACAUAAGAAUACACAUCUUGUUACCCUGGCGUAUCUAAUCGAACAAAAUCGAACCCAAUCGAACACCAAUCGUUCGAUUGAAUUCGGCAAUCGAACAUCUACUUUCCUUUGAGUUCGAUUAUCGAACCAAUCAAACAAAAUCGAACGCAAUCGAACUCAAUCCGAUUCGAUUUUGUUCGGAAUCCAUUUCUAAUGAUAAGUAAAUCACGCAGGAGUAAUCAUAAUCAACCUUAAUUGAAUGGGAUUAAUAGAAAAACGUCCAAGUAUCAAACUGAAUGUCAGUGUUCGGUUAUGCAUUGUACUUUUUUAUCAGUGUUUAUAUUUAAACAUAAAAAUCAAACAAACAGGAGUUCGGUAAUCCCGCGUUUGACUGAGUACGACUGUCGACCGUUCGGUAAUCGAACCUUCGAUUUUGUUCGAUUGUCGACGUUCGACAAUCGAACGUUCGAUUUUGUUCGAUUGACCAAAUUUUAGUGUGAGUUCGAUUAUGUUCGAUUAUCGAACGUUCGAUUAGAUACGCCGGGUGUUACGUACGCGUGGUGUGAGCUCCAAAAGCGAGCCUGGAAGAAGUGUAAGAAAGUGGGAUGAGACCGCGAACCGUGUUAGUAUCACGCACGAAAAUUGGCACUUCUCACCAUCCGCUUAGUAUCCACUUCCGGCAAAAAUUUUCGCGCCACCCGCUUAGCACUCACUUCCCGCCAAACUUUUCGUGCCACCCGCUGAGCACUCCCUCCCGCCAAAAUGUUCGCACCAUCAGCUUAGCACUCACUUCCUGCCAAACUUUUCGCGCCUUCCGCUCACUUAUCCUAUUGGCCAGUUCCAGAGAAAAGUGAGGUCGUUUUGCAGUCUAAGUAUAGUAACGCACUGAAUGCAAUUUAAUUCAAUUUAUUCAUAAAAUCAAAUUUUAAAUACACAAUUAAUAUAAAUCAUUUAACUGAUGAAAGAGAAAACUGCUUCUCUAUGUUUGUUAAAGUAAAAUCUUUGUAGCAGUUAAAAGUAGGUGUCUUCACUGGGCAAUUCUUAUACCGUCAUGGCAGCGGUUGAUUGCCAACAUUCCAAAGGUCGUUGAAGUUAUUCUGAUAAAACUACUCAAAGUCAUAUUAUAAUUUUAAAAUAUUUGCAUAUUUUGCAAUCUUGAUCUAUGACUUAUGCUCCUGGACUUACGUUGUAAUUUCCACUUUUUACCAUUCAUUAUCGUUUCCGCUUAUACGCUAAUUGUCAAUUAUUUGUCAAUUGCUUUUGUCUCAGCUAAUGCAAAAUAAAAUGAAAUAAGAUUAAUGAAA